AUGGCUUACAUUCCUCCACACAAAAGGCAUUCCAAGGACUCGGAGAAACCAUCCCCGACACCCGAAUCACUCGUUCCUCAAUUCAAGAGAAAUCUAAGGCCAUUUGGGAAUAAAUCUCAUGAGGAAAGGAAAAAAGAUAAGGGUAAAAUAGUAUACGCGAACGAUGCAAUCACUAGAUGGUUCGCAGUUGGAUUGGCUGAUCAUUCCCAGUUUCCUUCUGCUACACGUCUCGAGCCAUUUUCCUUGCAAGCCGUUGGGCGGAAAUUCGGAGAAAAACCUCUCUCUUUAGUGCUCGACGAUCAACUUCAAAAAGAUAAUAAUGAAGGUGAAGGGUUAUUCUUGGACAGCCCGUGGGUUAUUGUUGCUAGAAAUGUGCUGAAAGGCCUACUUUUCUCUUUCCAACAUGUGAAGGAGGAGAUAGAGACUCAAAACUUUGAAGAAGUAAAGCCAGCCCUGGUUGCCCGGUUUGGAAAAGUUCUAUUUCAUGGGUUAGUAAUCUUGCUUUUAUCGGUUGAACGCCUCAUUUACAGUGCUGAUCAUAUUCUUGGUCUUGUUUCUGUUUUAUGUUUGAUUUACUGCUUUGAUUUGGAUGCACAUGCAUAUUUCACCAAGAAGAUUAUGAAAAACUGA